UACCGGCCGAGGCCCUCCGUCUCCCAGGCGUAUUCACGGUACCUUGACAACAGGGGACCGCAGAUGGUGCUGCAUCGUUUUGUGGAGGACUUCGUGCUCGACUCGUCCUACAGCUUGCUGUUGCACGGCCGGGAGGGGCCCACGCCCGACGCCACCUACCAGCUGCUAACCAACGGCAUCGUCAUCGAGGGCCACAUUGCGAUCUCGCUGAUCUGCAGCUUCGGCCUUACCGUUACGGUCCGCGAGAACCUACGACGCGCCCCCUGCAACGACGACCCGAGCUACCGACAUGUACGGUGCAUGGAGCAGUGCAUGUGGAGGAUGGUAAUACGGAGAGCCGGCCUCCACUGCCGCGCCCCCUGGAUGUCCUUCAACGGCCCGAGCGACCUCGAGAAGAACUUUGACCUUCCCGACCCGGAAAUGUGUACCGACGGAGAACAGCUGCAGCUACUCUCGGACACCGAGUUUGAAAUGCUGAAGGCAGACGUUAAAAGAGAAUGCACCGGCUGUCCCGUCAGCUGCAUCACAGAAACGUUCAUCUCAAAGGAUACGGAGCACGACAAGAGCUGGAAUGAAUACACGAACUCACUCCUCUCUCUGACCUACCGGAUGCCGCCAUUGAUUCCGCGAGACACCUAUCGGAUCUCGUACGACGGUGUCGCCGCCCUGGCGGGCAUCGGCGGCAACUUGGGACUGCUCCUUGGCUUCUCCGUGCUGACGGCGCUGGAGGUGGUGAUGGCGCUGGCCGGCGGGUGCUGGGCGGCGCUGAGCUGGCUGCACAGCGGGUGUCUGCGGGGCGUGGGCGGUGCAGGCAGGAAGGUUGACUCGGCCAGUUCCAGUAUGGACAGUGUCAGGUCACCGUACCAAUAAUACGUCUGCCACGCGUCCGUGACGUUCGAGACCCUCGGUCAGGGAUGCAGGAGGCUCUGAGAUGCCACGAUGCUGAAAACGUCCUCUCCCCGGCCUGCAGGUACCGUUGAGCGGCGCAGGCGCUAGUCAAGCACUCAUCGGCAUAAACUCGGCCGUCGGUAUCGAGGCGGGAUUACAGGCACAUUCCUUGUCGCGCACAUUUUGAUGGCAUGAACGCUAUAGGACCUCAUUAGCCGCUGGAGUGAUCUCACUCGCUGCAUUUGUCACGCACAGGGGCCGCAGCCAAGAGCGGGGAAGGCGCAACCCCUCUCUUCGACGCCAUUUUUGACCUUUUCACCACAGGUGACUUCAGACAGAAAGUUAAACAUCGUUGGGAUAGACUGUCAUUGACCUGCCCCCCCCCCCUCCCCAUCGCCCACCUUAAGGAAACCCUGGCUACGCCCCUGGUCAAAUUGUCUUCUUUCCGUAUAUGCAGGAAAGGGACAGCCUUAUCUUCUGCACUCUCACGUAUUUGUCAUGCAUUUUGGCCUCGUGUUUCUACGCAGGACCCGUGGCACUUGCAAGCUAUCACGUCACAGACCGACUAGCACCAACAAUUUGGUACAUUGGCGCUGGAGUCAGUCAUUAUUUCAGUUGGUCUUAACCUGUGAUGUGAACACUAAUCUCUCCACCGAGACGAUCCGAUGCAUGACACCAUUUUGCAACAGAAACUGGCCAAGCGUGGUUGAUUGCUGAUUUAGGGCACGCAACGGCGCGACAUGACAGCUGGUGGCGAAUUAUGGGCUCAGAGGAAGGGCUUAAAGAUGGGGCCUAUUUGUUCAUGCUGGGUUAUCCCCGGGGUCUGAGGCUUGACUUGCACGGGGACCGCUCCAGUCGGGGACCGUUCCAGUCGACAAUUGUUAUGAGAGCUCGGGUGGAACCCGGCGCCGGGGUGGCUGGAAUGCCAAAUUGCGGCUGACACCCACAGCCUGGCCGCGCAGUGGCAAGAGGCUGCCGGGAUGCCGGAUGAAGCGGGGGAUACGGAUAACAGUAGAUGAAGGUGGUUGAAACCGAAACCACGUGGCGAUGCGCCUCGAGCCCUGCGCGUAGGCGUGAGAAAAGACUGCCGAGCACAGCGCCGCACCGUUGGGGAGGACGCACCGUACAGCGACGUCGCUCGUCUUGUCAGUGUUGUGUAGCUAUCAUCGUUGUAGUCACGCGUCUCUCGCUAAAUAUGCUCUGUGUUGCAUCUAACUAAAAAUGUGUGCAGUCUUAAGAGGCCUCGGCCAAACGCAUGCGCGCCGCUAUCAUCACUGCAACCACGCGUAUAUCGCUG